AUGUCACCACGAGCAUGCAAAAGAGUAAGCUUUAGUCCUAACCAAGAAGCGACUGAGGAACCCAUAUUCCCAAAACAUCGAGACCAGAAAAAGGUGUUCCUCAUUGGAUUUCUCAGCUUCGGUCUCAAGAACUCGCCUGCUGGAAGGAAGCUUAUCCGACGUAUCCGAGCUAGAGUUUCCAAAACUCUGCGUUGUAUGUCCUUUGGGAGGAGUACGAGCGACAAAACGUCAUCGUUAUUGAUGGCUUCGUCGUCCUCUUCUUCAUCGUCUAUUUAUAUGACAAGGUCAAAGUCAGUAGCUGAGUCGGAGUCUCACAGAGCAGAAGCUAUUGAAGACUGCAUUGAGUUCUUAAACUCUUCAUUUUCACUGUCUAGAUCAAACUCUGUCUCAACGUGGUCUUCUUGA